AGAAAAACAACACGACUAGCGCUACCAGCUUAGAAUGACAGAACAGAUAAAAAAUAAGAGGCUGGAAAAAUCCACCAAACAGAAACUGGACGAAUUUAACAAGAUUAAAGGUGUAGAAGUGAAAGCUGGAGAUUUUUGGGAUCUGGUGGUGAUCACUGCUGUAGACGAUCAUCAGAAAUCUGCCUAUGAGCUUCAGAUGAGAGAGAAGAAGCAGAGGAACGAGCUGCCCAUCAGCCUCCACUACCACGUGUUUGCAGAUCCUCCAGGAUACAAGAUUGGUAAUGGAGGAUCGACCCUACACGCCCUGCACUCACUCAGUGAGAUGUACGGAGAGUCCCUGUCCAAACUCAAAAUCAUUCUCAUACACGCAGGUGGGUUCAGUCAGCGUUUACCCAACGCCAGCGCUUUGGGAAAGAUCUUCAUGGCCGUUCCUCUGGGCGAGCCCUUGUACCAGAUGCUGGAGAUAAAGCUGGCCAUGUACGUGCACUUUCCUGCUGGUAUGAAGCCAGGUGUGCUGGUGACCUGCGCUGAUGAUAUGGAACUGUACAGCACUGAAGAGAAGCUGGUGUUUGAUAAACCAGGAUUCACCGCCCUCGCUCACCCUUCACCGGUGUCUGUGGGCACCACACACGGCGUGUUCGUCCUCAAACCGGAUGAAGGUCCACCCACGCGGGACGUGGAGUACAGGACGUGUUUACGGUUCCUGCACAAACCCAGCGUAGAUGCCAUGCACCAGAGCGGAGCAGUGUUCAGAGAGAUGGAUGAGCAGCUGGUCUACACCGACAGUACGUACUACAUGGAUCAUGGCACCGCCAUGGCGCUGCUGGAUCUAUUUCAAAAGAUCCGACCUCUGACAUGUGAGAUCGACGCCUACGGAGACUUCCUGCAGAGUUUAGGAUCUGGUGCCACGUCGGAGUACGUCAACAACACGGCUAACGUUCUGAUUAAGGAGAACGAGCUGGUCCAGGUCAGAGAAAAGAUCUUUCAGCAUCUCAGAGGAACGCCACUCAACGUCAUCGUCCUCAAUGAGUCAAAGUUCUACCACGUUGGCACCAUGGAGGAGUAUCUGUACCACUUUACUCUGGAUCCUUGUCUCAGAGGAGAGCUCGGACUCCUGAGCACCACCUUCAGUCUGUGCCCUCCGGACGUGUGUGAUGAGAAGAACGUGUGUGUUAUGCACAGCGUCGUUCAGCCUGGUUGUAGAAUAUCUGCAGGUAGUGUGGUAGAGUACAGCAGGCUGGACCCCGGAGUCACCGUGGGUCAGAACAGCAUCAUCAGCAGCUGCUGGGUGGAUUCGGGUCUCUCCGUACCCCCUCACACCUUCUUCCACUCUCUCAGUGUGAGUUCCGAUGCCGGACUGGGGUCUGUUACCGUAGCGUUCGGCGUUCUGGAUGAUCUGAAGAAGACGGUGCCCGGUCACGCCCACCUGAACCGGUUGGAAAUGUUCGGAGUCUCUUUGCAGGAGGUGGUGAGCCGCUGGGGGUGGAGCUCCGAGGACGUGAGGUUCUCUGGAGGUGGGACUGUGCUGAACCUGUGGAACUGCAGGCUGUUCCCCGUCUGUGGGGACAUGAGGAGCUCGUUCUCCUCCACGCUGAAGAUGGUUCGAGCCGCACAAGGACACAAAAACACGACUUUAUCCAAACACAGCCAGAGGCUCUCGCUGCAGGAUGUACUGCAGAAUAAAGACUUAGAGAACAUGCUGAAGUUCAGAAGAGAGCUUUACGAGGAAAUUCUGCAGAAUAAGUAAAGUGUAAAACCACGAUGUGGGGCGUCUGUGUAUCUGUGUGUGUUUGGGUGGAGGCCUGAAGACCAGCGUCUAAAUAUUAAUGAAGAUUAUUGAUCAAAUCUGUGACAUUUUAAUCCAAAUAAAGAAGAAAAGCUACAGCAUCAACAUCCCUGAAACUUUAUUGAACCACAAGUCGUCCCCGGACAGGAGCAGCUCAUAAGAUCUCACAACCUGCUGUCAGGCUGAUCAGGAAGCUCAGAAAACAAACCCAGCAGGACGAGCUGAAAGCAGCAGGAACAGCAGCAGUCACUGUGAACCGAGCCACUGUGCCGUCUGUUUCUGAUUAUAAAUAAAAUAUAAACUAUAUAUAAAUAUAAAA